AUGGCCGUUGAUGGUAGUUUCAGUCUUCAUUCUUCGCUUCGGAGAUUACUUGAUCGUUGUCCAAAGCUACAGUGUUUUUUGCAGUUUGAGUCGCUCGCACGGAGGGGAGACUUGGUGACAGAAGAGGAACUAGUUAAUGUGUUAGUAGGGGUAUUUCUGCACCCGAGUUAUACAAUUCCGUUGAUGGGUUGUUUUCGACCAAUUGCUCAAAGUAUUGUAGAUAAAGCUGUUGCUUUGCUUGGUCUUGUGCCAAAUUUGAGGUCUAUUCCCGAGGGUACUGCUUGUGAAGUUGAUCCCGACAGAGUUUUGGAUGGAGUGGUGAAUGUUAUAGAGAUUUUUAGUCAACAGGGAAGGGGUCUGGAUCUUCAUGAGCUUGCUUGUCUAGCCUUCUGUCAUGCUCUUGACAUGAGUCCCUUUUUGUUGAGUUCUAUAUUAAGCUAUUUGAAUUUUGCUCCGGCCCCAUUUGUAAGAUUUUCACUGAAACAUGUUAUGGUUGAGACCCAAGAACUGCAUAUUACACGAAUAUCAUACCGCCUCCUUCUAAUGGAACCUGAAAUUUUCACAAAGCUUUGGGAUUGGUCUUGUUUUAUUGACCUCGUAAAAGACCCAUGUAAAUCAGAUCUUACCUGGUGCGGGGUGCAGAUAUUGAGCGUUCUGCUGAAAUUAGGUUAUAAAGCCACUGAAAACUUAAAUAUUGGGGUUGAGGAAGCAUUUUCUUGUGUAUUGCGCUGGGAAGAGUUCUGUCAGGACACAUCACUAAAGAAAGCUGGUUGGUAUGUUGAGCCAACAGACUAUGUCCAGAAGUGGCCUGUUCUUCUGUAUGGGCCCUCUGGUUCUGGAAAAUCUGCUCUCAUUUCCAAGCUGGCUCAGGAUAGUGGAAAUCAAGUUUUAUCCAUUCAGAUGGAUGACCAAAUUGAUGGUAGAACAUUGGUUGGAGCUUAUGUUAGUACUGUGGAUGAAGCUACUUUCUGUGGAUGGUUAUUCUCGGCAACAAAACUUGUGAACCCUUUUUUCGUCUUGUUGGAUCCUGAGUUUGCACACAACUUGGGUGUCUCUUUUGCAGCUCGUGGUUGGAUCCCAAGGGAGAAGAGGCCUGACCCAACAAUCUUAGGGCUAGAAGUUUGGGGAAGAAAAUUCUCCAACCCAGUAUGCCUUGUGUUUGAUAAAAACGUUGCGGCUGUAGAUGGUUUGCUUGCUUUGGGCUUUGGCUUUGUGGAGGUAGGCUCUGUUACUCCUGUUUCCCAGAAUGGCAAUCCUAAACCUCGUAUCUUUAGGUUGCGAGACGAAGGUGCUAUAAUAAAUAGAUCUGGCUUUAACAGUGAGGGAAUUGUUGCAGUUGCGAAGAGGCUGGGCGCUCAACACGGUAAGAGGAAGCUAGAUGAGACUUCAAGCUCUUCACCUUCUUCCAACAACGAAGUCAAACAAGCAGAUUAUGUUCAAGGAGUUCAUACAUUGUCUCAAUAUGUUGAUUACUUGGUGAUUAAUGUUUCAUCGCCCAAUACCCCUUGUUUGUGCAUGCUUCAAGGAAGAAAGCAACUAAAGGAUCUUGUUAAGAAGGUUCAGGCUGCUUGUGAUGAAAUGCAGUGGGGUGAGGAGGGCCCACCUCCAUUGUUGGUAAAAAUUGCACCAGAUUUGUCAAAUGAAGACCUUGAAGAUAUUGCAGUAGUUGCCUUGGCACUUCACUUGGAUGGACUGAUUAUAUCAAACACAACUAUUUCAAGACCAGAUCCCGUCAAUAAAAAUCCAUUGGUGGUUUGA